CACAUUUCUUAUUCUAUUCAUUCCCCUUGAUUCACUCAACACCAUGACAGGGAUUCUAGUUAUCUCAACUACUACAAUCCAAGCAAAAAAACAUGUUGAUGACAACUCAACUCACACAAUUAUCGAUUUAGCACCAUGGGAUCUCAAAUAUCUUAAAAUGGCACCAAUCCAAAAAGGUCUUCUUUUCCAUAAACCCAAUACAAACCAAAUCGACCAUCUUAAACAAACACUUUCCUCCACUCUCAACUUCUUUCCACCACUCGCUGGUCGUCUUGUAAUAACACAACACGACGAACCUAACAACGCCUCAUGUUCCAUCAUUUGCAACAACGCUGGUGCAUUGUUUGUACACGCCAAAGCUGAACACACUGCCAUUGCCGACAUCCUUCAGCCAAAGUAUGUUCCUCCCAUUGUUUCCUCAUUAUUCUUACUCAACGAAAUUCAAAAUCACAAAGGCACAUCACAACCAUUACUUGCAGUACAAGUAACAGAGUUAAUCGAUGGUAUCUUCAUUGGUUUUGCAAUUAACCAUGUGGGUGUAGACGCCAAGUCAUUUUGGCAUUUCAUCAACUCUUGGGCUGAAAUCUCACAAGGUUUUAAUAAGCCAACAAAUAUCCCUUCUUUCAAACGUUGGUUUCCAAACAACAUUAACCGUCCCAUUAGGUUUCCUUUCACAAAGGAAGCACAAAAACAGCCUUUCACGAAUGAAGCACAAAAUCAACAAUGUGAAGUUUUGUCUCAUCGAAUCUUCCACUUUAGUAAGGAACAAAUUCUGCAACUCAAAUCAAAAGCUAAUGCAGAAAUCAGUAGUAGUAAUAGUAGUGAGAAAAUAAUAAUAUCUUCAUUGCAAGCGCUUUUAAGUCACGUUUGGCGUUUAAUUAUAAGUAAACAAAAUCUUAAACCAGAAGAAAGGUCUGCUUUCGUGUUACCCAUAGAUUGUAGGACAAGAAUGUGUCCAAAGUUAGAAGAUAAUUAUUUUGGAAGUGGAAUCGGAGCAACUGGAUAUGUAAUAAUGCAAGUAGGGGAAUUAAUGGAAAGUGGGAUUGGUAAAAUUGCUAUGGAAAUGAACAAGGUGAUAUCUAUACAAUCUCAUCAUGAGAAGGUAGUGAAUAACUAUGAGUCUUGGUUGAAAACCCCGUCUAUACCGGAGGCAGGUAGAUCAUCAAGUAAUUUGUUGAUAGCAAGCAGUUCACCACGGUUCAAUUAUUACGGCAAUGACUUUGGUUGGGGUAAGCCAAUUGCAGUUAGAAAUGGUGUUGGACUUAAAAGAAAUAUUGGUAGAGUUAUUGUGCUUGGUGGUGAAGAAGAAGGUAGUGUUGAUAUUCAAGUUUGUCUUCCUUAUGAUAUUUUGGAGGCUAUGGGAAAUGAUCAUCUGUCCAUGGAUCCUAUCACUGUCUAAUACCUGCAGAUCGGUUCUUAGUUUCAUCAAUAAGGCUAUUGGAAUACAAAAAUUUGACAACAAUACAACACAUAGGUAUUUUCACUACUGUAUUUAUACGAUGAACCGUACUUAUAAAGGAGGAUUUUUCUACCACAAAAAUGCACAAGGUUAACCACUUUUUUAACAUAAAUCUCAUUAAACAUUUUAAAAAAUUUAUUAACUGCAAAAAUGAAAGGCAUUAACUAUUUGUUUUAUAAAUAUAUGUACUUUUGUCAUUUUUAUAAAACUAUGUAAAAUAAAUGGUUAAUGUCUUGCAUUCUUGUGGAUAAUGACGUAGUUAAAGUGGUUAAUAAUUUAUGUUAAAAAAAAAGUAGUUAACAUGGUACAUU